CAUCGUCCCCUCACUCCUGUCCUCUUUCCUCUCCUCUGUGUGAGUGCGUGUGGCCACUCCGUGCUUCCAAAAUGAGCCGCGCAUCUUACGCCUCCUCCCAGUCCUCCUCGUACCGCCGCGCCUUCGGCGGGCCCGGCUUCACCACAGCCCCCAUUACCCGCUCCUCUAUGCUUGGUCGUGGCUCCGGAGGCUCACAUGUCAGCUCAAGGGUCUACGAGGUCACUAAGACAUCCUCCGCGUCACCAGGCUAUAGCAGCUACCGUGCGUCUUCCUAUGGCAUGCCAACUCUAUCAGCAGGCAUCUCCCGCUCCUAUGCUGCCGGCAUGGGUGAGACCCUGGACUUUAGCCUGGCUGAUGCCCUCAACCAGGAGUUCCUGCAGACGCGCACCAACGAGAAGGUUGAGCUGCAGCACCUGAAUGACCGCUUUGCCAGCUACAUCGAGAAGGUACGCUUCCUCGAGCAGCAGAACCAAGCUCUGACGGUGGAAGUGGAUCGACUGCGAGGUCGAGAGCCAACACGUAUUGCUGACCUCUAUGAGGAGGAAAUGAGGGAGCUGAGGCGCCAGAUAGAGGUUGUGACCAAUCAGAGGUCUCGAGUUGAAGUGGAGCGGGACAACCUGGCUGAUGACUUGCAGAAACUCAAACUCAGGCUUCAGGAGGAGAUUGCACAGAGAGAGGAGGCUGAGAACAACCUCGCAGCAUUCCGAGCUGAUGUGGACGCAGCCACCCUUGCACGCUUGGACCUAGAGAGACGCAUCGAAACUCUGCAAGAGGAAAUCGCCUUCCUUAAGAAGAUCCAUGAGGAGGAGAUCCGUGAGCUGCAGACUCAGAUGCAAGAGACUCAGGUGCAGAUCCAAAUGGACAUGUCCAAGCCUGAUCUGACCGGUGCUCUGAGAGACAUCCGUUCUCAGUACGAGUCCAUCGCCGCCAAGAACAUCGCCGAAGCUGAAGACUGGUACAAGUCCAAGGUGUCAGAUCUAAACCAAGCAGUAUCCAAGAACAACGAAGCCCUGAAGCAGGCUAAGCUAGAGACCAUGGAGUACCGCCACCAGAUUCAAUCCUACACCUGUGAGAUUGACUCACUGAAGGGCACGAACGAGUCUCUGAUGAGGCAGAUGCAUGACAUGGAGGACCGCCAUGGACGCGAGGCUGCCGGCUUCCAGGACACAAUUGCUCGGCUGGAGGCUGAGAUCGCUAACAUGAAGGACGAGAUGGCACGACACCUGCGCGAGUACCAGGACCUGCUCAAUGUCAAGAUGGCCCUCGAUGUGGAGAUUGCCACCUAUAGGAAGCUGCUGGAGGGAGAAGAGAGCAGGAUUACACUGCCUAUGCAGGCCUACUCCACGAUUAGCUUUAGAGAGACCAGCCCAGAGCACCAACAACGAGCCUCUGAAAUGCACUCAAAGAAAACUGUGCUUAUCAAGACAAUUGAGACCCGUGAUGGCGAGGUGGUGAGUGAGUCUACACAGCACCAGCAGGACAUCAUGUAAACAGCUGAACCACAAAACCACAAGAAAUUUCAAUAAAACCAGAAGGUCCAGCCUUUAGCCAUAUCCUGUGCUUUUUUUUUUCAUUAUUGCAAACACAGCUUAUCUGAAACAUGAGCACUGCUUCCAGAGUGAGAGAAAGGAAGAGAUGUUUAAGCAGAGAUGUUACCUUUCGAAAAAAGAAACUAUUUCUUAACAAGUUGAAGAUCCUUCUGUAUUCACACAGAGCCAAUCAGGAGAGAGGAACUUAGGAAGAAGAAAGAACAAAGGUCAAAAUAUAGGGAGAGGCUGAUGAGUAGGUGAAUAAGAGGGCAAGAGAGGACAGGAGGGAGGGAAAGUCAAGAAGAAUGAUCUCAUAGCCAUCAUAUGUAUGAGAAAGAAAUCAAAAUAAAGUAAAUACGCAUCAACCA